AUGGAGGUGAAUUCGCAGCGCGAGGAGACCUUGGACUCAUUGCGGAGGCUGCAGCAGGAGACCUCGGACCUCAAGCGGCAGCGCUUGGACAAGGAGGAGGAGAUUGAGCGGUUCAAGGUGCUGCUACAAGCACAGGAGCAGCGGAACGCGGAGCAGCUGGUCACCGUGGACAAAUACCAUGCUGUGGUGGCCUCGCACGAAGCUGAGAUGCGGCAGAUCCAGAUGCUUCUGGAGUGCGAGCGGGAGGAGGCCGCCCGCAAGAUGGCAGAGCUUCAGGAUGUCUUCCUGGCGGCGCAGAAGAGCAUGGAGCAGCGGCUGGAGCAAUACCGUUACAGCUACGAGGACCUGCGCUCCUGGAUCUGCCUCCGGGAGGACGAGAAGACGAAGGAAGCAGAGAGGGCUAGGCGGCACUAUUUGGAGGAGCAGGUCAGGAAGCAGCAAGCGCAGAUGGAGAGACUUCAGGACGAAUCCACCGCCUGCCAGCUGCGGGCCACCAACGCGGAGGGCCAGGUGCGGCAGCGGGAGAUGCAGAUCUUGAACCUUCAGGAGUCCGUGGCGAAGGCGCAGCAGGAGCGCGAUGGAUGGCUCACUCGGCUGGACAAGGUCUUGCCGGACGUGGAGCACGCCAGCAUGGCCCGGGAAGACGCCCUCAUGCAGUACGAGAACAUCCGCCACCGCACCGAGGUCUUCGAGCAGGUCAAGGCGAGCCUGGAGAGGCAGCUGACCCAAGCCAAAAUGGAGAUCCAGCGGCUUGUGGCUGCGAUGCAGAGGCAAACUGCUGAUGCCAGCACUCAAGUUGUGCUGUCCUUGAACGAUAGCCAAGUUCAAACUGACCUCUCCUACCAGUGCAGGCAGACCACAUGCAGGGCGAUCGGUGGCGCCGCGAUAGACUCGACUCCCUGA